AUCAGGUUGCAGGGGCAAUCAACAAGCUGAUGUAGCUGAAACGAACAGGAGUGAAAACGCUGACACGAUGGAUUUCAAUGUCAAGAAACUUGCGUCGGAUGCAGGUGUCUUCUUCACUCGUGCUGUUCAGUACACAGAGGAGAAGCUUGGUCAGGCAGAGAAGACUGAACUAGAUGCCCACCUGGAGAACUUGAUUGCCCGAGCAGACUGCACCAAAAACUGGACCGAGAAGAUCUUCCGACAGACUGAGGUGCUGCUUCAACCCAACCCAAGUGCCCGUAUUGAAGAGUUCUUCUAUGAGAAAUUGGACCGAAAGAUUCCAUCCAGAACCACCAAUGCAGAACUGCUGGGCCAGUAUAUGCAGGAUGCUGCAAAGGACUUUGGACCAGGAACUUCAUAUGGCAGUACUUUGAUCACUGUGGGAGAGUUUCAGAGGAGAUUGGGUGCAGCAGAGAGGGAAUUCCUACAGACAUCAGCCAUCAACUUUCUCACACCUCUGAGGAACUUUCUAGAAGGUGACUGGAAAACAAUUUCGAAAGAGAGAAGGCUUCUGGAGAAUCGGCGCCUUGACCUGGAUGUUUGCAAAGCCCGGCUCAAGAAGGCAAAAUUAGCUGAGGCCAAGGCUGCUGCAGCACCUGACUUUCAGGAGACUAGGCCACGCAAUUAUGUUCUGUCUGCCAGUGCAUCUGCGCUCUUGAGUGCAGAAGUGGAUAAAGCAGAGCACGAGUUGCGUGUGGCUCAGACUGAGUUUGACAGGCAGGCAGAGGUGACACGCCUCCUAUUGGAGGGGAUCAGCAGCACACAUGUGAACCACUUGCGCUGUCUGCAUGAGUUUGCAGAAGCUCAGGCUGCUUACUAUGCACAGUGUCACAAGCACAUGCAGGACCUUCAGAAAGAGCUGAGCAGUGCAAACAGAGAUACGUUUCCUGAUGCUUUUGCUGUUAACGCCUCUACGUCAGGAAUGUCACCAGCACCUGCUCCCCUUCCCACUGCCACCCUGCCUGGGGUUUCUUCACCUAGCCGUCCCCCCAAUGGCUCCAAUGCUCUUGAGUCCAACACGCUGAAGAUUGAGGAGGUGAAGCCACCAGCCACUGGUACUCGCAAGGCCAAAGUGCUUUAUGAUUAUGAUGCUGCAGAUACAAGUGAACUUUCCCUUUUCGCUGAUGAGCUGAUUACUGUGUACACUGUGCCUGGCAUGGAUCCAGACUGGCUUAUUGGAGAACGAGGCAACCAGAAAGGCAAAGUACCUGUUACAUACCUGGAGCUCCUAAGCUAGAUGCCCCCACUCUUGACAGAGUCAUAUUGAAUUAUGCAUGAACAAAUAUACAAGCACUCCUGAACACAGUGAAUUUGUCUUUUUUUUUUUUUUUAAAUACCUAGAUUUAUAUCUAGGUCUGUCCUGUUCUGAUGUUACAGUGCUCAAAUACUGAUUUCUGUUUUUGUAGGCCCUGAUUAUGUUCCAUGUAUGUUAUUUCAUUUGAACUACCUUGCAUAGUUUCUUAAAUACCUGUUUUUAUUUCUUCAAUGAUCCUGUCACUGCUAGAUUUUUAUGAAGUCUUUAUUACUCUCAAAGUGUCUUCAAAAGUUAGGAAGAAAAACAAAAGUUAACACAUUUUUUUGUUUUUGUGUUGGUGAUUGAUGUGUGUGUGAGGACAGUAUGUGUGUGAGAGUGUGUUCUAUUAGAUCAUGUUCUUUAAAAAAUAUCCUGGCUUCACGUGUUUAUUGUAUGUAAUGUCUCAUUUACCAUGCUUGUAUUCCGUGGUGGCUGCAUACUACAAACUGAGGAGGUGGAAAACUGAGGCAUUUAUGUGUUUUGUUGAUGGUUGACAAGUUUGUAAACGUAAUGAGUCCAGUUAUAUUGUGAUUAACUGUGAUCUAAUCAUAUUCAGAAGACUGGUUUUCUUUUCCAUUAGGACUUUUCAUUCACAUUCACUCAGUCGGCGCAUUCCCACUUUCAUAUCCGUGUUCUAUGCUUGUUCAAAAUUAGCGAUGCAUAUUGAAUGAAUAAAACUUCAAUAUAACGAGUAGUUUUACUUGGUCUUAAACUAAACUCUUUCUAAUUGGGGUUGCUGUCCAAUCACUGCACUGCAAGUUGUCCAGAGUUAUUCAGUCAAUACAGCUAUGAGAAAGACAUUAGAGUGACUUGGCAAAAUACACAAGGUCAUGUUUUUCUUUAAAUCAUUAUCUGCCUGUUAAUGCAAGAAAAAGGAAUUUCUUUGAUUUUGUUUAAAAAUUGUCCUGAGCAGUGAGAGCUAUGUAUGAAAAUAUUUGGAAAUGUACAAAAUUUAACUUGAUGAAAAGGCUUCUAGUGGAUUGAAUUUAACAGAUUUUUUUUAUUUCUUAAGUACGCGUCCUUCAGGUCUACCGCCUCGAACCAAUCUUGAUGCUGGAUGCACGUCAAAAUGUGCUUCUGCGUCAGCAUCUAGAAUGAUGAAAUAAGGUCUGUGAAACCAGUCUCAUCUCGGCUGGAGGGACAGGAUCUGUCACGCCCUUCCUUAUUAGGAGGACCGAGAACACAGCAGAACCGGAGCGGGACUAAUCGCAUAGCGGAGUCGAAUGGUUCUGGCCAGCCAGCACUACGGGUUGGAAGUGAUGAGGCGGCCGCGCUGAGGGGACCCUCAAAGCACUUAACUUACUCUGCGCACCCGGCAUAAUGCGGCCCGAUAACUGAGUAGGAGGGGUCUCAGGCCGAGAGAUUCAUCACCUGGGGUGUGGUUUGUGUGGUUUGUGUGUGCGAAAGCAUGUGGGCCACGUCCGUGAUGCCCAGGCUGCGAGCACCAGGUGUCCAGUAACCGCA